AUGUCAAGCCCAGAUGCUAAGGAGAGAGGAUUCAAAGGAUUUAACGAUGAACUCACAAAAAUACGAAACUCCGAACAGACUUUUGAUAGAAAUGAUGACUUUUCAUCAUUGUCACCAAGUAAAAACAGCUACGAAAUUGAGUAUUUUCAGAAUAUCAUAAAAUCUCAACAAGCCAAACUUUCAAAUAAAGAAAAAGUUGAAUUUGAAUUAAACGAACUCAGAGCAAUUGUAGAACAAAGCAACAAAUCGCGGCAAGACCUACAAAUGUCUAUCAACGAAACCACUGAGCAACUUACAAAUCAACUCAGGUCUCAAAGCGCAAUUAUUGAUAAACUUAUAGACGAAAGAGACAAAGCAAUAGCUGGCUUAAGAAAAGAGCAAGCAGUCAGCAAAAAUCUGGCACUGUCAGAGGAAAAACUAAAAGCAAGAAUAAUGGAAUUAGAAGGAAACCAAGAAAUUCUGCAUUCAAAACUGAAUGAGGCUGCAGAAACUGAAAGAAUGCUCGAGGAUGUAAGAAAACAGCUAGAAAAUUCAAUGAAAUGGAAAGAAAUUUUGGCCCAGAGAUUUGAUAAAGCAAUUGAAGAUUUUGAAGUAAGAAGCAAUGAGUAUGAAUCAAGAAUCAAAGACCUAACCCAAGAAAAGCUAGAGCUCUUGACUAGAAUAGAGUCUUUGCAAUCUCAAAAUCAUGAGCUAAAAAAUGAAAAUGACAGACUUACCAACGCUUUGCUACAAAUGAAAGCGUUAAUGACUCAACUUUCUGCAAAAGCUCACCGAAAUGAAGCCUUAGCCCAAAAAGACCAAGAACAAAAAGCUUUAAUAUCUAGCCAAGAUACUAUGAUAAAAAAGCUUAAAGAAGACCUCUCUAAAUCCAUCCAAAAUUUCAAAGAAAAGCUUGAUCAGUUAAACAUCAACGUCUCCCAGCUGCUUCAAGACAAAAAAUCCUUAAAUACUGAAAUUUCUUCAUUGACUCAGAAAAUCGACACAAAAGAUACAGAAAUUUAUAAAUUUUCUAACUCCCCUUGCCCUAUUUAAAUUGGAACAAAAAAUAUUUUCCAAUUUAAAUACAUAUAAGGGUUUCCUUGGAAUAACCCCAUAAGGCCUUUGGCCACGGGGUUUUAUUUUGCCCUGUCCAAAAUUGAUCUGAUCAAAAUAAAACCCCCAUAGGCAAAUCGAUUCCUUAUGGGUGACUCUAAUGAAAAUCCAUAUUAUAUUUCUCUAAAAAAAAUUUUUUAAAUAUUAAAUAUAACGUAAUAUUUUUGAACUUUCUGAAAAUUAAAUCAAAAAAAUUAUCGAUUCGCUAUGAGCUGUUUAAAUAAUAUCUAUUUGCACUUUUUUAAUUAAAUUAGGUUAAAACUAAUUUUAUAAAAAUUACUAUUUUUACCAUAUAUAAUUUUUCUAUUUGAAAAAUAAAUUUGCUCCAAUUUAAAAGAGGGCUAAAGUACUUACUCCCCCCCCUCCGUGAGUGAGCAAACAAAUUUUGUUCACUCACGGAGGGGGGGUUAAUUUUUUUUUUUAAAAAAUUUAUAUACAAAUUUUAUAAAAAAUAUUUUUUCGAAAUUAAAAAAAUCCUAAUUCGCAAAAAUUGAAAAGCAAAUAUUAAUUUAAUUUAUAAAAUUUAUGUUUUAAAAAGCAAUUUGUUUAAAAUUACACAGAAUUAGCUCUAGAUUUCAUUAUAAUAAUUAUCAUUUAUAUGUCAAAAUUUUUUUCCAUAAAAAAUUUUUUCUAUUAAAAAAAUUUUUGUUCACUCACGGAGGGUGGGUUUUUGGGCAAAAAAUAGCGAUUUUUCUAAUGGUUUUGUUCACUCACGGAGGGGGGGAGUUAAAAAAUGGAAACUUUACAGAUAUUUUGUCCUAGUUAAAGAGGGAAGGGGGAGUAAGCAAGCAGAAGAUUUGCAAGCUGAAUUAACAAGUCUUGAGCAACAUCUUUGCGUCCAAGAAGAUUUAAAUUCAUUAUUAGAUCAAAUUAGCGAGCAGAAAGACCAAGCUUUGCAAAUGAAAGAUCAGAUUGCUCAAGAGCUGAACCAGAUGACUGAUUUAUUUGCAAUUGAAAGCCAUAAAAAUAAAGCCAAUUGUGAAACAAUAGAGCAGCUGAAAGAAAAUCUUAAAGAAAGAGAAUUAGAAAUUGAAGAACUAAGAGAAGUUAUAACUGAGCUGCAAAAAGAAAGGGAAGUUUAUCUGCCAGUUAAAGAUGAUCCCAUUGAUAUUGCGUUAGCUGAUUAUGUGAAUACUCGUCAAGAUCCUUUAGAUGUACCGUUUACAAGAGAAGAUUUAGGAAUUUAUUUGUUUGGGACCAAGAGAGUUUUUGUGAAACUUGAAAGAGGGAAAGUAGUCGUGAGAGUUGGUGGAGGGUUUAUGGUGCUUGAAGAAUUUUUGGAGGUUUAUACUCCUGUAGAGCUAGAAAAAUUCGAGUCAAGGCAAAGAGAAAAAGCACAAGGGAUAAGGAGAGAAAUUCUUGGAAAAUAUGCAGACACGCUAAUAACUGCUGAAAAGCCACAGAAGAGUCCUGAGAUGUCGCCGGAAAGAGCUUCUAAAAUGAUAAAAGACCAGAUGGCAAAAGGAAAAUAUGCUACGUUUUAUGCUACGAAAAGAAGAGGAACUUCUCCUCCAAAACAGUCACAAUCUCCUUCGCUGUUGAAUAAGCAAGUGUCAUUUAAAGAGCUAUCGCGAAAUUUUGAUCAAGCUUAAUAUAUUCUAGUCUUAUCAUUAAUUAAAAGCUUAGUUCUUAAUAAUUUUUAUAAUUACAACAAUUAAUCCUGUACCAUUACCGUACAUAAAACCUGAUUUAACUAAUCAAGGUA